AUGGUUUACGUCGGUAUUCCAAAGAAUUACACCCAGUCUCCGUCCUCGUUUGCCGGGACGCCGUCUCUGACCAUCAACUAUGAGGCCACUCAGGACCUCGACUCGUCCAAUGCCUUUGAAGGUCCUGAGAAGUUGCUCGAAGUAUGGUUCGCUCCGUCUGCCAGCGAGCUCGGCGCUGCCGGCCCGGAGGGUCUGAAGAAGGUCCCCGGUGAGAUUUGGAAGGAUAUGCUGGAUUUGGUCAACUGCCAAGUCCUCUCUGUUGUCUCAUCUGAGGAUGUGGACGCUUACCUUCUUUCAGAGUCCAGCAUGUUCGUCUGGCCACACAAGCUCAUCCUUAAGACUUGUGGGACUACGACCCUUCUUUCCGGCCUGCCGCGCAUCUUGGAGAUUGCCACUCUGUUUGCAGGCUUUCUCCGUGCUACGGCUCCGCCUUCGCGCGGUAUUACCGUGGCCGCAGCUCCCUAUCGAGUCUUUUACAGUCGCAAGAACUUUUUGUUCCCUGACCGUCAGCGUGGCCCUCACCGUAGCUGGCGCGACGAGGUUCGCACCAUGGACAGACUGUUCCUCAAUGGCAGCGCAUACAUGAUUGGCAAAAUGAACGGCGAGCAUUGGUACUUGUACUUGACCGAUCCUCACACUCUGCUCACCCCGCCCGCCAGCCCAAAGGAGGAGGAGACCAAUUUCACUGAGACAGAGACGAAGGUUCUCAGCUUCCCGCAGGCCUCCUCGAUCGUCGACUGCGAUGAACAUGACGAGACUCUGGAGGUUCUCAUGACCGAUCUGGAUGAGGAGAAUGCCAAGCAGUUCUAUUUGGACAACGCCUCCGCCGUGGCCGAGAAGCGCUACCGUAGCUUUGACAAUGAAGACGGUGUUGAGCAUAUCGAUGUCUUUGGCAAUGGGUCUGACCCGGAUGAUCCUGAUGCGGAUCGUCUGCUUCCGCCGGAGCUGACCACUGAAGGUCACGCUUUAGGGACUGUGGUUUCCGACGCCUGUGGUCUUUCGGACGUCUAUCCGAAGAGCAAGUUCCCUGACGCUCGUAUUGACGCGUAUCUCUUCACCCCCUGUGGCUUCUCGGCUAACGGUGUGGUGCCUGCUCCUGAUGGCAAGGCUCCAACUCACUAUUUUACCGUGCACGUCACUCCGGAACCCCACUGUUCCUAUGCUUCAUUUGAGACCAAUGUUCCGCAUUCUCAGAAUGGCAAGACCACUGCCGACAUUAUCCAGCAGGUUGUCGAGAUCUUCAAGCCAGGCCGUUUCAGCAUUACUUUGUUCGAGACCAAACCGGCCAUCGACGAGCUUGGCACUGAUACCAACGGCUUCCACGAGGUGCACUCGCACCGCCAGGCUAUGCGUCGAAACCACAAGAUGGAGCAUAUUGAAGGUUACCGCCGCGUUGACCGCAUCGUCCAUGAUCUGAACGGGUACGAUCUAGUGUUCCGUUACUACGAGCGCAACGAUUGGAAAGGGGGGCACCACGGAUUGGAGAGAAGA